AUGCCUAAGAGGGGCCGAAGGUGGAAAGCUCAGCCACCGAGCAAACGGAGGUGCUCGUCUAGAAGUAUUUCGUUGAAUGGCACUGAAAAAGAUGACGUGGAUGCAGGAAGCAACAGUCAUGCAUCUGAAAAAAGCAAUUCUACUGUUGACGAAGACGAUUAUUUAAACGCUACAAAUGAAACGGAUGUUGAAAGUUCUGUUAUUGAAGAUGUUGAUAGUUGCUAUCGUGAUGUAGUUGCAACUUAUGAAAAAACAAUUAUCAAGGAGAGUGAGGAACUUUUUAUUUCAAUGCGUGAGGACAAGAAGGAAGUGUAUAAGGGAUCACUGGCGAAGCCAAUGUCUAAACUUGUUAUUGAAGCUGCAGAGAAUGUUGACCAACCAACUCACUUUAUUAUCAGGCCUGUUUUUGAAGGGACAUUGCAAAAAUGUCCUUGUCGUACAAUUGACUAUAUUGCGGAAAAGCCAAGGAUGCGAUAUUGGACAGUUACCGAAAGUAAUAUAACUGUUGACGCGUUUAUCCGAUGUGAUGACGAGCAUACUUUGUCACACAUCCCUUUCCUUGCGGACGAAGAAGAUGGAGAAUUCGGUGAAGAGUUGCAAAAUACAUUUCCUGAGGGGAUUCAUGGUACGAGGAAAGGUUGUGGUCUGUUCAUCAAUGAUUAUAUUUUGCAUACAAUGCUCAUGAAGCUGUCAAAAAAGUACAAAUCUGAAGAAGAGGUAAGAAAGGUAUGCAGAGGGAUCAAUGCUCAAUUCCCUAAUAAGGCGACCGUUCCGCAGUUGCUUUCUUUGUUUAAUGAGCUACCCUCGCUUACAAUAUAUGGUUCCGGUUCGCGAGACAACUGUCAAAAAACUCAAAGCGGUGAGGAGCGUCCAUCGUACAGCUCUUUCCAGCUUUUAUCUUGUGGUCGUUGCUUUGCUUACGAUUGUCUCCUUCACGGUAUAAGUCAAACUGAUGGCCAAGUUCAAAAGAAGGACUUACCUAAUUCUGUUACUAUUGAGCCCUGUGGGCCUGAUUGUUACAAGCAUUCUUUACCCCCGCCGACUUCUGGAAAAGAGACGGUGAACGGGAACGAAAGUAGUGCCAAGAGCUCUAAAACGCAGGUUGUGAACGGGAAUGAAAGUAGUGUCAAGGGGUCUAAAACGCAACUGUCGACUGGGGAGAGUUCAUUGAACCCUCUCAAUACCGAUAUAUUGCUCGCAUUGCGUUCGACCUUCAAGAAUGAUUACUGCAAGAUUGCUAAAGCAUUUAAUGCUACUGUUGGAGAACUAGCGAGCAAAACUUGUUUAGAAAUUUAUUCUUAUCUGCUACAAAUGGCUCCUGUCUCACCGCGUGUUGAUGUUGUCCCUAGGCAUAAAUCUAAAAAGAAAAAGAACAUGAGGGAUAAGCAUCGCUUAUUUCGGUCUGUCAAGUGGGCACGUACUGAGGGAAAGGUCAGGAAUUCUCAUGUUUAUGAACCAUGCCACCAUCUUGGGAAGUGUACAGUAGAAAAUGGAUGUUCUUGCGUUCGUGUUGACAAUCUCUGCACGAAACAUUGUGCAUGUCCAGAAACCUGCGUUCAUCGCUUCCCUGGCUGUCGUUGUGCUCCAGGACUUUGUUGCACAAAGCAGUGUCAAUGCUUUUAUGCCAGUUGGGAAUGCGACCCGGAUCUCUGCAAGUCGUGUAGAUGUGAUAAUCUGGAAGAACCUGAAGCGUUAAUGUGCAAAAAUGUUUCCAUUCAAAGGGGAUUUCAGAAAAAGCUUAGCAUUGGUACCUCCCAGGUUGCUGGGUGGGGUUGUUUUGCUGAAGAGGAUAUCGCAAAAAACGAGUUUAUUUCUGAAUACUGCGGUGAAGUUAUUACGCACGAUGAAAGCGAAAGAAGAGGGAAAAUUUAUGACAAACUAAAAUGCAGUUAUCUUUUUGGUAAUUUUUAUUGUUAA